AUGAGUGUAAAUAAAAUUAUAGAUUUUAGUAAUAAAUUUAGAAAAGAAUUUCCAUAUGAAGAACUUGGUAAAAUUAAUUGGUUCCCAGGUCAUAUGGUAAAGAAUAGGAGAUUAUUAGUUGAUACAUUAAAAUUUAUAGAUAUCGUAAUGGAAGUUCGUGAUUCUCGAGCACCAAUUUCAACCGAGAAUCCAAUGUUAUCAGAACUUUUAAAAGAAUCUUCAAAAAAGAAAACUACAAAAUUUAUAGUUUUAAAUAAAAAUGAUUUAUCAAAUAAACAUUUACAAUCAAAAAUUAAACAAUAUUUUGAAAAACAACAACCUCAACUACUACCACUACCACAACAACAAUCACAACAACAAUCACAACAACAAUCACAACAACAACCUCAACAACAAUUUGUUGAAUUUACACAAUCAAUUUUAACAGAAUCACCACAAGCAUUAUCAAUAAAAUUAAAUAAAGCAAAUCCAAAACACCCAUUUCAAUUAGUAAAGAAAGCAGUUGAAAUUCAUCAUAAAUUAAAUCCACCAAAGUAUAAAAACUAUUUAACAACUCAAUUAAUGAGACCAUUGAAUGUUUUAAUUUGUGGUUUACCAAAUGUUGGUAAAUCAAGUUUUAUCAAUUCAGUUAGAAAUGCUUCGAAAAUUGGUAAUUCAAAAUCCGCAAAAGUCGGUGCACUACCCGGUGUAACUAGACAUAUUAGUGGUUUCGUCGCUUGUGAAGAUCCACCAAUUUUCAUCGUUGACACUCCUGGUAUUAUGAUACCUGGUAAUUUAGAUUCAAAUGAAACUACACUCACUCUUGCAUUAUUAGGUUGUAUCACUGAGAAAAUAGUACCAAUAAUUUCAUUAUCUGAUUUUUUAUUAUUUAAAUUAAAUUCAAUUUCAAAUUUUAAUUAUUUAAAAUUAAUUGAAAAUGAAAAUACAAAAGAAGAAGAAAAACAAGAAGAAAAACAAAAUAAUAAUAAUAAUAAUAAUAAUAAUAAUAAUAAUGAUGAUAAUUUAAUACCAACAAAUUUAGAUAAAUUUUCAAAUGAACCAACUGAUGAUAUUAAUAAAUUUUUAAAAUUAGUUUCAAAAAGGAAUAAAAUGUUAUUAUCAGGUGGUUUACCAGAUUUAGAAUUGGCUGCAAAAUAUUUUAUUGCCCAAUAUAGAGAAGGAAAAUUAGGUUGUUUCACACUAGAUAAAAUACAAUUUCAACCAAUUAAUUCAAAUCAAGAAGUUAAAAAAGAUGAAAAAAAAGAAGUGAAAAAAGAUGAAAAAAAAGAAGUAAAAAAAGGAAAAAAAAAUGAAAAAAAAAAAAAGUGA